GACUCAGGUGAGACACAGGUGUGCAGUCCCGCAAACUGAAGGAGACUUAAUGACUCUCUUUUUUCUUGUUCAUCUCUGGAAUAUCAGAAAAUUUUGAUCUCAGAGUCUGCUGUAACUUUAAUUUCUAUGAGCUGUUUUUAAAAGAAACGGUGUCUUUUCUGUAAAUAGAUUUUAUAUUUUUUUUCGUGAACUAACGAUGGAGUAGUUGCGCGUCGGUCACAUUUUCAUAGUGGCGCAUAGGAACUGCGUCUUUAGCACACCAUGGAUUACAGACGCACUAAAGGAGCGCUUUUUUCUCUUAUUGUCUGCAUAUGUUUUAGUCUUCCUAAUGGUUCCAGAGGAGAGAUCCCACCGAAACCCACAGCAGGGGUCACGAUUCUGCCUCCGGUUCAGCCUGAUGAGCCGCAGGCUUAUCCAGAGGAUGAAUAUCCAAAUUUACCUGUGUUCACUAUGGACUAUACAAGAAUACAGAUCCCGUUUGAAAUCACCUUAUGGAUGCUGCUUGCUUCAUUCGCAAAAAUUGGUUUUCAUGUUUACCACAAGAUCACCAUCUGGGUGCCGGAGUCUUGCCUUCUUAUAAGCAUUGGUCUGAUAGUUGGAGCCAUCAUGCACUCAGUCCACGAGACACCCCCAGCUGUUCUCACCAGCAAUGUCUUCUUCCUAUACAUGCUUCCUCCUAUUGUUCUUGACUCGGGCUACUUCAUGCCCACCAGACCUUUCUUUGAAAACAUUGGGACAGUGUUGUGGUUUGCUGUGGUGGGGACCCUGUGGAACAGCAUCGGCAUCGGCAUGUCCCUGUACGCCAUCUGCCAGAUCGAGGCUUUCAACGUGCAGGACAUCAGCCUUCAGGAGAACCUGCUGUUUGCAGCCAUCAUCUCGGCCGUGGACCCUGUGGCGGUUCUCAAUGUGUUUGAGGAUGUUUCUGUAAACGAGCAGCUCUAUAUUGUGGUGUUUGGAGAGUGUCUCUUCAACGAUGCUGUCACUGUUGUGCUGUACAACAUGUUCACCUUUGUGGCAGAGAUGCCAACCGUGCAACCUGUAGACGUGUUCUUGGGAGUGGGGAGGUUCUUCGUGGUAGGCCUUGGGGGGAUGGGUUUCGGCAUCCUUUUUGGUUUUGUGGCCGCCUUCACGACCAGAUUCACUUCCAAGGUCAGAGAAAUAGAGCCCCUCUUCAUCUUCAUGUACAGCUACCUGGCCUAUCUGGUGGCCGAACUCUUUGCCAUCUCCUCCAUCAUGGCCAUUGUUUGCUGUGCCCUCACCAUGAAGUAUUACGUCGAGGAGAAUGUUUCCCAGCGUUCUUGUACAACCAUCCGACAUUUGGUCAAGAUGCUUGGCUCCAUUUCAGAGACCCUGAUCUUCUUCUUCCUGGGCGUCGUCACCAUAACGACCGAGCAUGAGUGGAACUGGGGCUACAUCCUCUUUACGCUGCUGUUUGCCUUUUUAUGGAGAGGUCUGGGCAUUUUGGUGCUGACUCAGAUCAUUAACCCUUUCCGAACAAUCUCCUUCAACAUGAAGGAUCAGUUCGGUUUGGCCUACGGAGGACUGCGGGGUGCCAUUUCGUUCGCUCUGGCCUUCACACUUCCUGAAAACAUUGGCCGAAAGCAGCUAUUUGUCACUGCCACUAUCGCAAUUAUUCUCUUCACAGUGUUUCUUCAGGGAAUCAGUAUUCGACCGCUGAUUGAGUUCAUCAAUGUACGCAGAACCAACCGCAAUGUGGACACCAUCAAUGUAGAGAUCCACUGCAGGGUCAUGGAGCACACGAUGGCAGGAAUAGAGGAUCUCUGUGGGCAGUGGAGUCAUUUCUAUUGGAAGGACAAGUUCAUGAGGUUCAACAACCGAAUACUUCGUCGGAUACUUAUUCGAGACGCCAGGGCGGAAUCCAGUAUCGUCGCGCUGUACAAGAAGCUGGAGCUGCAGAAUGCCAUAGAGGUCCUGGACACGGUGUCUGGAGAAAUCAGCGCUGCUCCGUCCGUCAUCUCCCUCCAGGAGGAGCAGAAGGAAUCUUCUAAACAGAAGAUGAGUUUAAUGACUGAGGACCUUAAAAACAUGCAUAAAAUUCUGUCCAAAAAUAUGUACAAGAUCCGGCAGCGGACUGUGGCAUUCACAAGUAAGCACGCUCUGCCCAAUGACAGCCAGCCCAGAGAGAUCCUGAUUAGACGCCACGCCAGCAUCCGGCGAAGCCUCCGUCCUGGCAGCUUUCAGUCCACGAUGGUUCCAAAGUCUCAGAAAUAUUUUUCACUUCCUGCUGGACAGAGUUUAGGGUCAAAAUAUCCUUCCUCUCGACUGAGUCAUGCAGAUAAACAUGAGACAAUGUCAGAGGUAGCCUAUCCUACUCGACGCUCUCGACUCAGUCAUUCCAAACGCUCUUCGUCUGGAGCCAUGAUGCCGCUUCACAAGCUGGGAACACUAAAAGAAAUGCCCUCUACUGAUGACCUUGGCAUGCACCAAACUACCUCCUCCAACAGUGAUCCCUCUUUCCCAUCCUCCUCUCACCACCACGGCCCUCCUGUUGACAAUAACAAUGGCUCUGCAGACAGCUUAAGGAAUGAAAAUGAGGCAGAAGAGGAAAAUGGGCUGUGGCAGCAGGAGGCUUUAUCACCACCAAGCUGGGCAGCCGAACCCAGAGACAACACGCCUCGAAACCCUCUCCUCAGGCGGCCACAGUGGAACCCAAAAAAGUAAAAUCCAAAUGAACCACAUUGUUAAAAAAAACAAAAACUUCUUGUUUUAGUUUCAAAUGUGAAGGUACAUUCACGAUGGAGGUCUUUUCAUUUCUACCUGAAGACGAAAACAUUUCGUAGGAAUACCUCGCAGAAAGAGCUGCCAUGCACAUCAGAAGCUCGGUGCAAAAUACUGACUGAACUGUUUGCCUUAUUAAUGAAUUUUGAACUUGUAUUUUAGCUAUUAUUCUUUCUAUGAGGAUUUUUUUUAUUGUUUUAAACUGUUGAAUAAAAUUUUUAUUGAGAAAA